AUUACUCUUCUCUUCCCAGUCUUCUUCAUCAUGUAUAAGUUGAUAAAGGUUUUGAGGGGUGAAGAGUUAAACUAAUUGGGGAUUGAUUUCGAAAUGCCGUCAGGAGAGUGUAGUAAUGUGCAGUUGGAUGAUGAUAGGAUUAGCUUAGAGAUUGAUGAAGGUAGAGAAUUUGAAUCGAAAGAGGAGGCUUUUGAGUUCUACAAAGAAUAUGCUAAAUCUGUUGGGUUUACUACCAUUAUUAAAGCUAGUCGUCGUUCAAGAAUGACCGGGAAAUUUAUCGAUGCUAAGUUUGUUUGUACGCGUUAUGGAAGCAAGAAACAGAGAAGAAGAUAUAGAUACUGGUUUAGGCAAGAUGGGCGGUGGGUUAUUCGUGGUUUGAUUAAAGAACAUAACCAUGAAAUCUUCACUGGUCAAGCCAAUUCUUUAAGAGACUUGGGUGGGCGGAGAAAACUUGAGAAACUAAACGGUGCUAUUGUGAAAGAGGUGAAAAGCAGGAAGCUACUUGCUUUAGAGGAUGAGGAUGUUGAAAGACUCCUAAACUUCUUUACGGAUAUGCAAGUUGAGAAUCCUUUCUUCUUUUACGCCAUUGAUCUCAGUGAGGAGCAGAGUCUAAGGAACGUCUUUUGGGUUGAUGCAAAAGCGAUGCACGGAUGCCAACCCCGAGUGAUACUUACCAAACAUGACCAAAUGCUCAAAGAAGCUGUCUUGGAGGUGUUCCCAUCUUCUAGACAUUGCUUUUAUAUGUGGGAUACUCUUGGUCAGAUGCCGGAAAAGCUUGGUCAUGUUAUGAGACAAGAGAAAAACUUUAUGGAUGAGAUGAAUGAUGCUAUUUACGGGUCUUGCAAGAGCGAGGACUUUGAAAAGAAUUGGUGGGAGGUAGUUGAUAGGUUUCAUAUGAGAGACAACGCAUGGCUUCAGUCAUUGUAUGAAGAUAGGGAAUAUUGGGUUCCUGUAUAUAUGAAAGAUGUAUCUCUAGCCGGAUUGUGUACAGCUCAGAGGUCAGAUAGCGUCAACUCUGUUUUCGAUAAAUACAUUCAAAGGAAAACUACAUUAAAAGCAUUUCUUGAUCAGUACAAGAAGAUGAUACAAGAGAGGUACGAAGAGGAAGAGAAAGCGGAGAUUGAGACAUUGUAUAAACAACCCGGGCUUAAGUCACCUUCACCAUUUGGGAAGCAAAUGGCUGAGGUAUACACUCGUGAGAUACUCAAGAAGUUUCAGGUGGAGGUGUUGGGAGGAGUUGCUUGCCAUCCGAAGAAAGAAAGCGAAGAAGAUGGGGUCAACAAGAGGACUUUCAGGGUUCAAGAUUAUGAACAGAACCGUGCUUUCGUUGUGGUGUGGAACUCUGAAUUAUCUGAAGUUGUCUGUUCUUGUCGAUUGUUUGAGUUCAAAGGUUUUCUUUGUAGGCACGCGAUGAUUGUUCUGCAGAUGUCUGGGGAACUUAGUAUUCCUUCUCAGUAUGUGUUGAAGCGUUGGACAAAGGAUGCGAAAAGCAGAGAAGCCAUGGAAUCUGAUCAGAUUGAUGUAGAAUCAACUAAGGCUCAACGGUACACGGAUCUUUGUCUCCGUUCUUUGAAAUUGAGUGAGGAAGCAUCUUUAUCCGAGGAGAGCUAUAACGCCAUGAUUAAUGUGCUGAAUGAAGCUUUAAGAAAGUGGGAGAACAGGAGUAACUUGAUCCAAAAUGUUGAAGAGUCAGAAUCGGUUACAGCUCAAGAUCUACCAAUACAUGAAGAACAGAACAACACAUAUGAGAUGAACAAAGACGAUAAUGUCGCUGACACAGGACAGGAAUAUUCAUUGCAAGAAGUCUGGAAAGUAACUUCUUUGCAAGAACAAAGAAACCGAUACUCGAUUCUCGAUGACUACCUCAGUGCCCAACAUAUGUCUCAUGAAAUGGGACAUAUCAACUCGAUGGCCUCAAAUCGCAAUGGAUAUUGUACUGUCCAUCAAAACAUACACUCGCUGGGGCAAUCCAUAACUCAGCAAAGGCUUUAUGGAAAUGAACAAUCAAGUUUCAGACCAGAAGCUAUGUAUGAAAGACUUGAAGACAUGAAUGAGUAUAAACUGCCUCUUGUCGCUUUUACUGGCGUGAACCACCAUGGACAGUUCCUGUUGCUUGGUUGUGGAUUGAUAUCAACUGGUGAGUCUAAAUAUGGAUUUGUUUGGCUUUUUCGGGCAUGGUUAAAAGCGAUGCAUGGAUGCCAACCCAGAGUCAUACUUACCAAACACGACAGAUCGCUCAAAGAAGCUGUCUUGGAGGUGUUCCCAUCUUCUAGACAUUGUUUUUAUAUGUGGGAUACUCUUGGUCAGAUGCCGGAAAAGCUUGGUCAUGUUAUGAGACAAGAGAAAAACUUUAUGGAUGAGAUGAAUGAUGCUAUUUACGGGUCUUGCAAGAGCAAGGACUUUGAAAAGAAUUGGUGGGAGAUAGUUGAUAGGUUUCAUAUGAGAGACAACGCAUGGCUUCAGUCAUUGUAUGAAGAUAGGGAAUAUUGGGUUCCUGUAUAUAUGAAAGAUGUAUCUCUAGCCGGAUUGUGUACAGCUCAGAGGUCAGAUAGCGUCAACUCUGUUUUCGAUAAAUACAUUCAAAGGAAAACUACAUUAAAAGCAUUUCUUGAUCAGUACAAGAAGAUGAUACAAGAGAGGUACGAAGAGGAAGAGAAAGCGGAGAUUGAGACAUUGUAUAAACAACCCGGGCUUAAGUCACCUUCACCAUUUGGGAAGCAAAUGGCUGAGGUAUACACUCGUGAGAUGUUUAAGAAGUUUCAGGUGGAGGUGUUGGGAGGAGUUGCUUGCCAUCCGAAGAGAGAAAGCGAAGAAGAUGGGGUUAGGACUUUCAGGGUUCAAGAUUAUGAACAGAACCGUGCUUUCGUUGUGGUGUGGAACUCUGAAUCAUCUGAAGUUGUCUGUUCUUGUCGAUUGUUUGAGUUCAAAGGUUUUCAUUGUAGGCACGCGAUGAUUGUUCUGCAGAUGUCAGGGGAACUUAGUAUUCCUUCUCAGUAUGUGUUGAAGCGUUGGGCAAAGGAUGCAAAAAGCAGAGAAGUCAUGGAAUCUGAUUUGAUAGAUGUUGAUUGAGCUAAUGCUCAACGGGACAAUCCAUAACUCAACAAAGGAUUUAUGGAACUAUAAGUUGUUGUUCUCUGAAUCAGUCUGCAUAACCCAAAGUUUGAACUCUACAGGUUGUAAAAAACUUGAACUAGACCUCUCAAAGAUGUACAGUAUCAAAUUCUCAUGUGCUUGUCUUUUUUUACAAAGGAAUUUGUGUUUAUUCAUGAAUGUUAGGGACAGUCGAGUUUUAGACAUCAUUCUCAGCAACAUCAACAAUCCAACUGGAAUUUCUCUCACUAGUCACUAAGUCACUCUUCCUUUUAUGCAGCAGAAUUGUGAUUCUGUUUUAUGAUAAAAAAAAUGAACUGUU